CAGAAAUAGCGCUAUUAGCGUCUCCCCGAACGCACCAUAUCAGUGCAUUGCAGUGCAUUUCCGGCCAAUGGCUCUGGUCAGUCUGGUGGCUGUACGCUGUGCUCCGUUCAGAUCGUUAUUAGAUUUUUGGACAUAAACAGAAACGCUGUUUUAACAAACAUGGCGAGGUAUUCCAGUGACUCGGACUCGGACCACAGUAGCAGAUAUCGAAGGAAGCGAAAUCGAAAGUCAAGAUCUAGCAGCUCGGAUAGCAGUGAAUCCUCACCACAUCGAAGGCGAGCCUCAAAACAUUCUAAAACAAAGCGUAAACAUCGAUCGCACUCAAGAAGUAGAGGAAGAGAUCGGAAUUCAAAGAACCAUAAAGGAUCCAGGAGCAGUCAUUCGAGAGACAGAGAUAAAAGACGUUACCGUUCUAGCACAGGUAGAUCAUAUUCUUCGGACCGUACAAGAAGAAAAGCUAGAUCUACAUCUAGAGAAAAGUCACGAAGUCCUUCCAGCAGUUCACAAUCGAAUCAACCAAAGGUUAAUACAGAGAAAAGCCAAGUCUUAACGACAAAAGAUGAUUUUCCUAUUGAACCACGUUUCAAAGAUAGUGUACUCGAAGAAAUAAACGCUGAAGGUUUCACUCCUAAGCAGUUCACUUCGUCUGCUACCAAGGAGAGUAAAUUUAAAAAUAUCGUAAUAGACAUUAGUUCAGAUACCAUACAAGUUCCACUAGUAUCUAACGUUGCCAGUGGCCCAGAAAGCAUAUUUCAUACAUCAAUUAUGAUGGAUCAAGAAGCAAGAUUCGACAAAUGGGUGAAAAAACUCUACACUCUUAGACAGAAAGCUAUAGCUGACUUGACACAUACAAAUAUUACGGAUGAAUGGGAUAUGAUGAAAAGAAAACUACGAAAAUUAGAGGAACAGCCAAUAAAUCUGCAGCAACUGGAAGCAGCAUUGCGUCGAAUAUGAUGGGAAAUUCCUCAGACUUCAAUUAGAGUUUGCAUCAAUAUGCAUGGAUGUUUACAAGAGAUCAUCCGAAAACGAGGCGGAAAUACACAAUUUUAAAGAGCAAAUACAUCUCCACAUAUCUCCCCCCACACACACACGCGCGCAAAAUUGGAGCCGUGUUCGUAUAUUACUGCCAGUUGUUAGUACAGUAUAGUAACGGGAACCAUAGACUUUCAGUACUGGCAGUCAACUGGCAAUAAUAUACGAACAUGGCCUGAGUCAGCAACCUUCCCAUGGUGCGCAUUAAGUAAUGCUAAUGCUGGCGAUAAUAGAAUAAAAUGCAUAGGUAAGUUUGAUACACUGUACCUCCUCGAAAAAAAAUCGUACAAAGCUUAAUUUUUUUUUAAGAGAAAUUUUUUUUGUAAGAGAAAAGUCUACAUUGUACAAUGGUUAUCAUGAUAUUUACGAAAAAAAUUUACUCUACCCUGUAGAGUGCGUCAAAUUUCUGUGCAAAUUUCUUAAAAAGAAAACACGUCCUUAUUUAUUA